UGUUGGUAGUAGCCAGCAGGACCCAGAAACGGUGCAGUGUUGUGACUGUGAAAAUGUGUAAAGUACAAAUGCUGAGAGCGUUGGUGAAUCAGCGACUAACUGCGGCUGUCGAGGAAAUAUUUGUAGUGUUAGAAAGAACGAUAGCAGAGUACGAGGAGGAACUUUCUCAAACGAAAGAGGAGAACGAGCGACAACGUCAACUACUGGACGCUGUUUUCAAGAAACAUCAAAUUGUGUUACACAGAGGAGACGUCAGCGAAGAACAUUUUCCCUCUGAGCAGCACGGAUGGAACUCCAGGAUGGACCAGGAGGAGCCACAGCCCCCCCACAUUGAAGAGGAAGAGCCACAGCCUCCCAACAUCAAAGAGGAAGAUGAGGUGCCACAGCCCCGCAACAUUAAAGAGGAAGAGGAGGAUGACCGCAUCAAUCAGGACGGAGAGCAUCUUGAAGGACUGGAGGAGUUCCCAGUGAUUGGUGUCUCUGUGAAGAGUGAAGAUGAUGAAGGUGAAAGUGAGGAGAAGAGAGAGGUGGAGCCUCCAAGCAGCAGCUCAACUCAACACAUGACAACAGAAGCUGAUGGAGACCACUGUGGAGGAUCACAAGCACACAACCUCUUAGCUCCACUAUCAGAUAGUGACGACACAAGGUCACACUCUCCUGACACUGAUGAUGAAGACUCUGAAGCUGAUAUGACAUGUCACGCUGACAACACACGCUUUAAAUGCUCUCAAUGUGACAAAACCUUUAAACACCAUCGUAGUCUUAAAAGACACACGAGAGAACACACUGACACCACACACUUUAAAUGCUCUCAAUGUGAAAAGACCUUUAAACACCAUCGUAGUCUUCAAACACACAUGAGAAUACACACUGACAACAUAUGCUGUAAGUGCUCUCAAUGUGACAAAACAUUUGUUAGCAAGAGAAAUCUGAAUGUACACAUGAGACAACACACAGGAGAGAAACCUUUCACCUGCUUAGUUUGUGGUAAAAGAUUCUUUCAGCAGGCAAAUUUGAAAGUACACACAAUAGUACACAGUAGAGAGGAGAAACCUUUUCCUUGCUCAGUUUGUGGUAAAAGAUUCAUAUACAAGUCACUUCUGGAAGACCACACCAGAAUACACACUGGAGAGAAACCAUUUCCUUGCACGGUGUGUGGUAAAAGAUACUUUCGAAAAGCUGCCUUGAAAAGACACACAAAAAUACACACCGGAGAGAAACCAUUUCCGUGCUCAGUUUGCGGCAAAAGAUUCUCUGUGCAGUCAAAUUUGAAAGUACACGCAAUAAUACACACUGGACAGAAACCCUUUCCUUGUUCAGUUUGUGGUAAAAGAUUCUCUCUGCAGUCGAACUUGAAAGUACACUCAAGAAUACACACUGGAGAGAAACCUUUUUCUUGCACUGUGUGCGGCAGAAGAUUCUGUCUUAAUGGCAGUUUAAAAAGACACUCAAGAAUACACACUGGAGAGAAACCUUUGUCCUGCUCAGUUUGUGGUGAAAGUUUCUCUGAUAAGACAACUUUGCUUAAACACAAGGACACACACUAGUGAAAACAACUUUUAUUGUUCAAUGCGUGGUCAGCGAUUCAGCAAUAGUACAAACUUGACUGAACACAUAAGCAGCCACACUGGAGAGAAACUUUAUGCACACCCCACUGGUAAUCAACCCAUAACCAAAGACACUGAUAUUAAGACUGCUCACUUAUCCAAAUGCAUGUAAGAGUGCCGUACGCCGUGGAGCAGAAAGUCCACCGUGUUGGUAAUCAAGAGGGCCGGGUGGGGCUAGGUGCACAACAGUGUACAAUGUAUUCACAUGCUCAGAGCUGUGUGUAAAAUAAAGUUAUGCACAGUAUGUACACAUUGAUGGAAAUAAUUAUUUACUGAACAAAUUGAAUAUAUCCAGGUAUGUGUGUGUGUAUAUACAAAUGUGUAAGAAUCUAUUGUACUGUACAAAUAUGACCUACAUGUAGAUGUCAAUAAAAAC